AUGAGACUUUUGGCACACAACAUGUUUUCUUGCAACAUCAAAGGUGUCAUGAACGGUUUCCCUCUGCGACUUGAGGUCGAGAAAUUUGUGGAGAAAGAAGUCGAUUUCAGUGUAGAGUUUCUCAGGAACAUAUUCCCCAAGAUCGAAUGGAAGGCUCUCGUCAAUGCCGCUCGAUCCAUGGGCUACUCUCAACUUCCCGAUGCGGCCGAUUCAUCCAUGCUCAAUUCCGAUGACUUCCUGAAGAAGUUCCACCACGCCCUACUCGAGCUUGACCUUGAAGAAGGUGUUCUAAUAUGCCUGGAGACCGAUCGGCACUUCUUGGUCAACAAGGGAAUCCCUAGAAGUCUACACUAA